CCAGUUUCACUUGCGAAAGCAAACAGCUUCCAUUUCCAUUUCAUUCGAGAGUCGACCGCCGAUAGCUGGAAACGCGUUUCGGGCCAAAUAGCGCGCUAAAAUCAAAAGUAAAUCGCAUUGCUGAUCCCAAAAAUGAAGGAAGCCGAUCUGAAGGAGCAGUAUGCCCGAUUUCCGGAAAUCAAACGGUCGGAGAUCGAGAAGUUCUUGGACUGGAUCCAUGCCCAGCCGCAUAUCUCGAAGAAGUUCUCGGAGGGCGAGGCGCUCCACUUUUUCCACGCCUGCAGGUCCAGCAUGGAGGUUGCCAAACAGGUGCUGGACAUCAAUCUCACUGCCCGCACCCACCUGGACGAGUUCUUUUCGAAUCUGGACUGCGAGCGCCCGGAAAUCAGGAGGGCCAUGAACACAGUUUCCAUUGUUCCUCUACCAGGAGCCACUCCGGAAGGCUAUCGAGUUAUAAUCGGCAAACUCGAUGAUUUAAAUACCUCAAACUAUAAUUUUGCGGACGUUAUGAAAUUAUACUGUAUGGUGUUCGACUUUUGGAUGUACGAGGAUGGCAUUCAGCCAGGACAUGUGAUAGUGAUCGAUCUAAAGGGCUGUUCCUUGGGCCACGUGGCUCGUGUGGGCCUCUUGCAGAUGAAAAAGUUCCUAUACUAUCUUCAGGAAGCGGCUGCUAUCAGACUGAUUGGCUUUCAUUUCAUCAACAUUGUGCCUUUCAUGGAUAAGAUCCUGGCCUUGAUGACCCCCUUUAUGAAGAAGGAGCUGUCCAGUGUCCUUCACGUCCACAGCGAUUUGAAUGCCUUCUUUAAGUUUGUCCCAAAACAAAUGCUGCCCAAGGAUUAUGGCGGAGACGAGGAGUCCACCAGCCUGUCAAAAGAUAUUUAUUACAAAAAACUGUUGGAUAAUCGCAAGGAAAUGCUUGAAUUCGAGACUCGCCAUCAGGUGAACGAGAAACUUAGACCCGGAAAGCCCAAAAACGUCUCAGAUCUUUUCGGGAUUGAAGGAAACUUCAAGAAGUUAGACAUUGAUUGAGGUUGAGUUUGAU